CUGCCCUCGUGCCAUUUGGCUCGCCAUGUCGUCCGCCUCCUCCAUCCACGAGAAGGAAAAGUUCGACGAGAAACACCAUGUCGUCCCGACGUCGGAUUUUGACGAUCCCAACCUGGGUGACGAUGUCGAGUACCUCGAGGAUGACUCGCCCUACCCCGAGGUCCGGUCUGCCGUCGCCAACACCGAUGAUAUCGACAUGCCCUGCGCCACCUUCCGCGCCUGGUUCGUCGGCAUGAUCUGGGCCAUUCUCAUCCCCGGCCUCGACCAGUUCUUCUUCUUCCGUUACCCGUCCGUGACCAUCACCGGUAUUGUGGCCCAGCUGAUCUCCUUCCCUCUCAUGCGCGCAUGGGCACGAUACGUCCCGCGCGUCAAGAUCUUCGGUGUCUCACUCAACCCUGGUCCGUUCACUAUCAAGGAGCACGUUAUUAUCACCGUUAUGGCAAACGUCGGCUCGGGCUCUGCCUAUGCGACCGAUAUCGUUGCGGUCCAGCGCGUGUAUUACAACCAGGACCCGCCCUUCGGCUAUUCAUGGCUGUUGGUCAUGUCCACUCAGUUGAUCGGGUUCUCCAUUGGAGGCAUUGCCCGUCGCUUCUUGGUACAGCCCCCGUCCAUGAUCUGGCCCACCAACCUCGUCACCUGCACUCUCUUUAACACCCUCCACCAACAGCAGUAUGCUGGUAUCGGUACCCGUGGAGGUGUCAGUCGUGAGAGGUUCUUCGUCUACGUCUUCCUCGGCUCCUUUGUCUGGUACUUCUUCCCCGGUUACCUCUUCGGCGCCCUCUCGUACUUUAGCUGGAUUUGCUGGAUCCGUCCCAACGACAUCGUUGUCAACCAGCUCUUCGGUACUGCGUCCGGCCUCGGAAUGUCCAUGCUCACCUUCGAUUGGGCUCAGAUUACCUUCAUCGGCUCGCCACUUGCCACACCGUGGUGGGCGCAGGCGAACAUCGCCGCUUCGAUCGCGUUCUUCUUCUGGUUCCUCACGCCCGUCCUCUACUACACCAACACUUGGUACUCCAAGUACCUGCCCAUCUCAUCCGACAGUUCGUACGACAACACCGGUGCGGAGUACGACGUCACCAGGAUCGUCACCCCCGAGGGCACGUUCGACGAGGAGAAGUACAAGGCAUACUCUCCCCUGUUCCUCUCGACGACGUUUGCGCUCGCAUACGGUCUCUCUUUCGCAGCUGUCACCGCGACGAUCACGCACUGCUUCAUGUACUACCGCAAGCAGAUCUGGGUCCAGUCGCGGCGCUCCAUGUCCGAGCAGGGCGACGUCCACGCCCGUCUCAUGGCCAGGUACCCUCAGGUCCCCGACUGGUGGUACGCCGUGGUCUUCAUGUCCAUGUUCGUCUUCGGUGUCGUCUGCAUCGAGGUCUGGCACACCGAGAUGCCCGUCUGGGCGUUUAUCCUUGCCCUGAUCGUCUCCUUCGUCUACGUCCUCCCCAUCGGCAUCAUCCAGGCGAUCACCAACCAGCAGGUCGGCCUGAACGUCAUCACGGAACUCAUCAUCGGCUACGCGCUCCCCGGCCGCCCGAUCGCGAUGAUGAUGUUCAAGACCUGGGGCUACAUCACCAUGGCGCAGGCGCUCACCUUCACGUCCGACUUUAAGCUCGGGCACUACAUGAAGAUCCCGCCGCGGCCGAUGUUCUGGUGCCAGGUGAUCGCGACCGCGGUCGCGGGCACGGUGCAGCUCGCGGUGCAGAGCUGGGUGUUCACCAACAUCACCGACAUCUGCACGCCGCACCAGAAGGACGGCUUCUCGUGCCCGAACACGACCGUCUUCGGCACGGCGUCGAUCAUCUGGGGCGUCAUCGGCCCGCAGCGCCAGUACAGCGGCGGCCAGAUCUACAACAAGCUCAUGUGGUUCUUCCUCGUCGGCGCCGCCGUCCCGAUCGCGAGCUACUUCAUCCAGAAGCGCUACCCCGGCAGCUGGCUCAAGUACGUCAACUGGCCCGUCAUCUUCACCGGCACGGGCAACAUCCCGCCUGCGACGCCGACGAACUACAUCGCGUGGUGCCUCGUCGGGUUCAUCUUCAACUACGUCGUCCGCCGCCGCAACUUCUCGUGGUGGACGAAGUACAACUACGUCCUGUCCGCCGGCCUCGACUCGGGCCUCGCGAUCUCGACGAUCAUCAUCUUCUUCUGCCUGCAGUUCCCCAAGGACGGCACUAUCGGCGCGAACAGCAUCCAGACGUGGUGGGGCAACACCGUGUACCAGAACACGGCGGACUGGGCUGGCACGCCGCUGCUCACUCCCGAUGGGCCGAAUGGCACGUUCGGUCCCGCGACCUGGGGCUGAGGCGGGCGUCGAGGCCCUUUUAACGUAUAACUUGCGCAUUUAUUUUGCAACGUACGCUACCGCAUGUAAUGAUAGUUUCUCAUGACUCGUGAGAGUUGUACGGUGUGGUUUUGUGUGUGUAUUUGUAGGAUGUUUUGGGGUUCUGGCGUCAUGUUUUAAUCUACAUGUCAGUUCGGGAAUCAAGUUCAACGGGGUUGUUCCU